AUGCUAUUGUAUGUAUGCUGCUGCACAGGUUAAGUGGCCAAUAAAUUCAACCAGGGCAUGUAAAAGCAAGUAACACGUGGCCCAAAAUUAUUUGCUGGAAAGAUGGAGGAACUCUAUAAGGAAUCACCAGAACUACAGGUUGACUUAAAUAGCACUCCUACCUCUAUCUCAAACAAACUUGAGAAUGGGGUUGCUCAACUUAUUACCGCAGAAGCUUGGAAUAUUAAUCCAUCUGGUCUGAUGAAAAAAGCUCUUUCUCCUCUGGUAACUGUUCCAGCAGCCCCUGUCCUCAGCCCAUCCACAGACUCCCAGAGUGGAGUAGCACUAAAAAUGGCCGCAACUGUGCUUCAGCCCAUUUGCCUUGGAGAAAGCCCUGUUGUGCUUCCAAUACACUGGCAAGUUGCGGGUGGUACGCCACCUCAGGUAGGUACUAGCAACAGCAGCCCACCAUAUGUUAUCACCACACAAGGUCCUGUCCCAUUGCCCGUGCUUUUGGAGCAACACGUUUUUCAGCACUUGAACUCUCCUCUGGUAUUGCCGCAAGGCUCUCCAUACCUGGGCACUACAAUUCAGAACCAUCUUUUUCCUGGAACUGCUGCUACAGUUGGUCAGCCUCAAAUUCUUGAUGAGAAGACUUCUAGCACAAUGCAAGAUACUGUUCUGCCACCUGUUUUCCAAACUCCAGGUUUUUCAGCUGUGCUGCAAGAUUUCUUUCCAUCACCAAACAAUUUAGGCACUCCUUCCCCUUGUCAUAUAUCUUCGGAUUAUGCUUCUACCAAUGUCCACACUAUUCCACCGCAAGCCUUUAGCUCACCUUUAUCACCACUAGUUCCUCCUGCCACUCUCCUGGUACCCUAUCCAGUUAUUGUCCCAUUGCCAGUGCCAAUACCUUUACCGAUCCCAAUCCCUAUACCAGUGCCACAGACUGAAUGUACAGAGAAUGCAGACCAUCAAAAAACAACAGUGGAAAUCCCAAAGAGCUGCAAAAGCACACAGACCCCAAUGGAGAAAGAAGACAUCAAACCUUUUGAAUCAACAGGAAAGCCAGAGCUUGCACAAUUCCAUCGGCACUCUGUCAUCAAAAUGAACAAUGAAAACGAAGCAUUGGAUCUUUCACUGAAAACCGAAACACCGGUCACAAACAAUGAUGUGAGUAGUAUGAAUAACCAAGUGGUAGAGGAAGAAGGCGUUUUAGACCUUUCACUCCCGGUGUACAAAAGAUGUGUUAAUACAAGUGCUCAGAAUGGAACAUCUGUGUUGUGUGGGCAGAUCAGUGACUCUUCAAGCCCUUCUGUUGGUAAGAACUUCCCUACCACGACAACACUAAAUCCCACCCUUGUGCAUCAUGAGUUAGCACCGAAAGAUACCCGAGUCAUCUGCGCUAAUUCUAGUGAACUUAUAAGACAGCAGAAAUGGUCUUCUGAACAAAGCAACAGAGGUAGCUAUGAGCCCAAAACCACCACCAACAACAUAGAGCUUGUGAGUGGCUCCCAAACAGCAAAAGUCAUUGUUUCUGUAAAAGAUGCUGUACCUGCCAUAUUCUGUGGCAAAAUCAAAGGGCUUUCCGGUGUGUCUACAAAAAACUUUUCUUUUAAGAGAGAUUUACCACAGGACUCUUCAGUACAGGGCUACGACGUGAAGACUCAGGCAGAAGUAAAGGAGAAUGCUGAUGCAUUAAGGAAACCAGUAAAGAACAGAAGUGUUAAAUUAAAGAAAGUGAAUUCACAGGAAAUACACAUUCUCCCAAUCAAAAAACAAAGACUAGCCGCUUUCUUUCCUAGGAAAUAGGAUCGGCCUCAUUGGACAGGUUAAAACCAAUUCAAAGUUGUCCAUUUGAUGGGUAUGACUGGAAGGUGGUGAUGCUGUAUGUGUGUAAAGUUGAAAAAUCAUACCUCUGUGUCCUGAUCCAGUGACAAUGAAUUCUACAGUCCUGCACAGGAUACCUUGACAUC